AUGUGUUAUUUAUGCCUUAAAAGGGGUAACCAUUUGGCAAAAAAUUGCUUUUCGAAGAUAAAGUGUGAUUCAUGUGGGUGGAAACACAACAGUUUAAUCUGUGACAGAAAUAGUUUAGAUGAGAAAAAAUCAAAUAAGAAGGAUCUCAAUUUGACGAACAAAUCAUGUUUAGAGAAAGUUUUAUUACAAACUUUAGUUGUAAGAGUGCGUGGCAAUGGUCCAGAAAAAUACUGCCGCUGUUUAAUUGAUUCUGGGAGUCAACGAAGCUAUGUAUCUAAAUUCUUAGCUAAUGCUAUGCAGUACGAAUGUAUUAACGAAAGCAGUGUGAUUCAUAGUCUGUUCGGAGGAACUGAAGUGGUUGAAACUCAUAAACAGUUCGUUGUACGUUUAAGUAGUAUCAAAAACGAUUAUCAGUGUAACUUCAAAGCUUUUGAUCAAGCGAAUAUUUGUUCUGAUAUUCCACAAUUGAACAUCAAGCCUUAUUUAAAUGAGUUAAAAACCCAUAACAUAUUUUUGAAUGAUGUUGAAGGUAGGCAUAAAAAAUUGUUGUUCGAGCAUUCUCCUUCUGAAAUUCAUAUCCUCAUAGGCGCAGACAUAGCGGGAAAAUUGCUUACAGGGAAAAUAAAGAAGUUAGAAUGUGGAUUAGUUUGCAUUGAAACUUAUUUAGGCUGGAGUAUCAUGGGGAAAAUUCCCGUAGAAAUGGAAAAUAAAUAUGAUUGUUCUUAUGCAUUUUCUAUGUUAGUAUCAGAUAGUAAAAUUUCUGAUUUAUGGAAACUUGAUACUCUUGGGAUAUUAGACCCUUCAGAAAGUCAAACUAAAAGGGAAUUAGAAAAACAAACAAUGACACAUUUUCUUUCCAAUGUGAAAAGAGAUGAAGAAGGAAGGUUUCAAGAAGAAGUUAAUAACCCCUCUCAUUAUUUACCCCAUCGUGCUGUUAUUCGAAUGAAUUCCACCACGACAAAAAUAAGACCGGUUUUCGAUGGAUCCGUAAGAACUAAAGGAUCACCCUCCGUAAAUGACUGUUUGGAAAAGGGUCCAAAUUUGAUUGAUACUGUUCCAGCUAUAAUAAAUAGAUUUCGACUGGGAAAAAAUUGGCGUGAGCGCUGA